CUGAUGGCCCAUACUGCCACAGUGCUGCCCUCUGAGCAGGUUGCAGUAGAGGAGACUGUAGUACAGGAGGCAGUGGCUGUCACCAGUUUGGAGGGAGAGAUGCUGAAUCUCAAUGAAACAAUUUCCCUGUCUGAUGGAGUAGAGAUGUGGUUGCAGCAGUUGAGGGAAUCUGUAGGGAUCACACUCCAUGAGAUGUCCGUAUCUGUGUGCCAGGAGGUCAAUGCUAAUGUCACCAUGGACGAGUGGGCAUUCAGGUACCCAGCCCAAGUUUGCAGAAUUGGCCUGUUGUAUUACUGGACCAGGGAGUGUGAGCAGGGCGUACAGGAGAUUAAAUAUGACAGGAAAUCCCUGAACAAUAUCUCCAAGAAGUUCCAGGGAGCCACCAGUAAGCUGCCAGCCAUGUUAGUCCGGAACCAGUGGCGCACCCUAGAUGAGGCCAUGAUGCCAAUGCAUCGGCUAAGACUGGAGGCCAUGAUUACUUACUGCCUGUACUUGAGAGACAGCAUAGACUACAUGAGCAAUAGAAAGCUGAGGGAGACCACAGACUUUGAAUGGAGGAAAAAUGCCAGAUGUUACCUGCAGGAAGUCAGUGAGGAGACAGAGCCAGUCAUCUACAUGCUGGACACCAAGUAUCAAUAUGGCUGUGAAUUCUAUGGAGCUCAGCAGAUGAUCACCCCUACUCCCAUCAAUGAGCGUUGCUUCCUAGGCAUGUCCCAGGCCCUGGCACAGUUCAAGGGGAGUGCUAUACAUGGGGGAACUGGAGUGGGGAAGACUGAGACAUGCAAGGGUCUUGCCCAGAUUCUAGGAAAUUUCCUUGGAAUUUUCCAAUGUUCUGAAAAGAUGGAUCCAUCAUCUUUAGGCAAGAUGUUACAAGGAUUGUCCAUGGAUGGCUCCUGGGGUUGCUUUGAUGAGGCACAGCUGGUGUCUAAGGAAGCUCUCUCUGUAUUCUUGGACUGUGUGACAGCCAUAUUUGGAGCCAUCAAGGCCAGGAAAGACUACUGUUACUUUGGAGAUGGACAGGAGGUAAAUGUCAAGAAGAAUGUUGCUAUCUACAUGACCAUCAACCCUACCACAGCGCCCCCUAACUUCACCAUGCCAGAGGAUGUGAAAGCAUUAUUCAGAUCCGUGGCACUUGUCAUGCCAGACUACAGUAUAGUUCUCAAAACUAAGUGCACCUCAGCUGGCCUCAAAGCACCUGCUAUACUAGGUGCCAGGAUGAAAAUUAUCACAGAUCUUGCUAAGGACUUGCUGACUCCAGAGUGCCAACAUCAGUUCAGCUUGACUGCUUUGACUGGUGUCCUGCAGAGGGCAGCACAGAAGAGGAAGUCUCUCAAGGAGGAGAAGUCAUUUGAUAGGCUGGACAAGAAGGAAGAGACUCAGAUGUCCAGGUCCAACAGCCAGGCCUCUGUCCAGUUGCCUACUAUGAUGUCUACAAGUCUGACAAGUCCAGCUCCAGGUCAGAGACAAGCAGACAAGACUACAUUGUCCAGGAAAGCUGGUACCCCCAACCCUCUGACUCCAGCAGCCAAGCAGGAGCAUGCACUGGUGGGCCAGGCACUGCUGGAGGUUAUAGGACCUAGACUCAAGGGAGAUAACUACACCAUUUUCAAGCAAAUUGUCAAGGAUGUGUUCUCUGGACUCCCAGAAACCACCAAACAAAGUUAUUCAGCAAGGUCAAGGUCAUAUGACAUAGAGAUGGCUGUGGAGCAGACGGCAAGAGAGGAAGGUCUCAUUCCACACAAACGCUGGCUGGAGAAGUGCAUGCAGCUCUACAAUGUAUCACAGAUUCAUCAUGGUAUAGUGAUAGCUGGUCCCCCAGGGAGUGGGAAGUCCACCUGUAUCCAGACCCUGGUUGAUGCCCUGUGUGUGACCCCACGGGGCCUCUCCAGGCACUCCCACAGCAGUAAGGGGACAGCUAUGGCAGAGAAUAACCACAAGCUGCAGAGAAUCAACCCUCUGGUUGUGGAUGACCUCUCUCUCAUGUUUGGUUAUAUCAACCAGAACCAGGACUGGGUGGAUGGGAUAUUUACCACUGCUUUGAGGAAGUCUAACAGGAAUCUCAGCACCACGUGGCUGUGUCUGGAUGGCCCACUCAAUUCUAACUGGGCAGACAACUUCAGCAGUGUCUUGGACAUUGGCAAGGCAAUGCACCUGAAGAAUGGUGACCGUCUGUUCCUGUCUGACAAUGUGAAGCUUCUGUUUGAGACCUCAGACCUCAGUCAGGCUUCCCCAGCUACUAUAGCAAGGACUGGUAUUGUGUAUGUUGACAAAGACGUCGUUGGCUGGAGACCCAUCUCAAAGGCAUGGCUGGAAAACAGGACACAGCAGGAAGUGCAUGUUUUACAAAGAGCAUUUGAUAAAACAGUGGAUGCUGUGUCGCACUAUGUCCUGGCAGAGGCCAAACCCAAGAUGCGACUGAGUGAAGUGGGCAUGUUCAAAACUUGUCUCAACCUCUUGUCAGCCAUGUUAGCAGACAACAUUGAGAUCGGUGGUGAGCUACACAUAGAGAGACUGUAUCUGUUUUGUCUGAUCUGGUCAUUUGGUGGACUACUGGACAAGGGAGACAGGAAGGGAUUCAGUGAUUUGGUCAAGACAUUGUCAUCUGCCCUCCCGGAUGAUGACCGUGAUAUCUGUGUAUUUGACUACUAUGUAGAUGAGUCAGGAGAAUGGGACCCCUGGGUCUCUAGGGUACCAGAGGCCAUUUACACAGACAACAAGGACAUCUUGGGGCAGGUGUUUGUGGACACUGUGGACACAAUCCGCACCCGUGUGUUCCUGGAGUUUGCCUGUGCCUCAGGACAGAAUGUGUUGCUAGUGGGACCUCCAGGCUCUGGCAAGACCACCAUGGUCAAUGAGUUCAUUGAUGCCCAGGACAACCAGGUUCAGAUAGGGAAGAGACUGGUAUACUCUGGUGCCUCCACAGCCAAACAACUACAGCAGUUUAUUGAGGCUAACAUAUACCACAGGCAGGGAUUUGUGUAUGGUGCCAAGGAGAACAAAAGACUCCAGAUCUUCAUUGAUGACCUCAAUAUGCCUGUACCUGACAGCCAGGGAGUGCAGAGAUGCAACGAGCUCCUGAGACAACUUUUAGAUGACAGAACUCUCUGCACACUACAGAAGCCAUUUGAAUGGAGAACCAUAGAAGGCCUGAUUAUCUUUGCCACUAUGUCUAUGAGUGAAUACCCCAGUGCCAAGAACAGAAAACUGGAAGAAAGGCUGAUGCGUCACUUUGCUGUGUUCCACCUGCCGUCUCCUGUGAAGGAUGGUCUGCAGAGAAUUGUGAAUGGAGUGCUGGAGGGUAACAUGACAGCAGGAGACAAGCCUGCCUUGGAGCAGGAACUGCACAACUCCAUAGUGACCGCCUCCUGUAAGACACUGACUGCUGUCCAAGAUGUGCUCAGACCCACGCCUAUGCCAGGGAGAUACCAUUACCUGUUCACUUUGAAGGACUUGAUCACAUGCUUUCAGUGUCUGAAGCGUCUCCCUGAUGAGAACCGUGCAGAGGAUGUGACAGUGAUAUCUCUGUGGAGACAUGAGAUGAACAGAAUCAUGAAAGACAAGAUCUGCAGACAGUGUGAUAUCAACUGGCUAGAGGGGACACUGGAGAAAGUGGUGGAUGAGACAUGGCCAGGUAUGGCAGACCAGCUGUAUGAGAACUUUGUGACAUUCCCCAUUGAUACCAGAGUGUACCAGAGACCAGUGACCUCUCUAUCACAGAAACAAGUUAAGGUUGUUCUUCAGCCCAUUCAGAGUUUCCACGACGUCCAUAACUGUCUGUUUGCCCACCUAACCAGAUACAAUGAGGAGUUUGGUAACACCCAACUGGACAUCAUGUUAUCUGACCAUAUCAUAGCACAUGUGGUCAGGAUGCACAGAGUGCUCAGUUUCCAUCAUGGUGGUAACUUUCUGUUUAUUGGUGCCAUUGGAUCACACCUGGCCCUACUGGUCAAGCUGGCCCUCCAUGUGGCUGACAUAGAGAUCCACCCUGUAGACUCCUCCAAACAGAACACUUUCUUUGAUGGCCUUAGGUCUGCAGUGAGACUGAGUGGAGCUGAGGGCAAGAUUAUAUCUCUUAUGUUCACUGCCCGUGAUCUCCAUGAUGACAUGUACCUGGAUGCCAUCAACAGUUUACUGGUGUGUGGAGAAUAUCCUCACCUGCUGUCAAAUGAUGAACUGGAUGGACUGCUACAGGCCAUUGGCCCUGCACUAAAGAGGGAGUUCCCUAAUAUGGCCCAGGACCCUAUGAAGUACUUUGUGUCCAGAAUUAAGAGUAACCUCCAUAUCAUAAUGUGCUUGCCUCCAAACCACAGACUUCUGAAGACUGCUUCCAUCCAAUACCCAGGUCUGCUGAGUGGGUGUCAGAUCAACUGGAUGUGUGACUGGCCUCAGGAUGCUCUCAUGGGAGAGGCAGCUUAUUAUAUCAAUAUUAACAAACUGGUGGAGGAUAAUGUGGACUUGAGUGAGAACCUGACUACGUGCUUGGCAAACAUCCACAGUUUUGGUCUACGUGACUGCAAGCAGAUGCCGUGGGCAGGAAACCUGGCACCAGAGAUUGCUAUGGUACAGGUGUACCUACAGGAGAAGAAGAGGGGAGAGCAACUCAUCAAAUAUAAGAAUGUCAACCUCCCUAAUCUUCCAUAUGCCAAGUCUAUCAUGGCUGAACAGAUCAGAGCUGUACACAAGAACUUAGAUGAGCCAGCCAAGAAUGAGGUGUUCAUAGGCCCCACUACAUACAGAAGACUGAUGGACUGCUUCAAACAUAUUUACUCCACCAAAUGUAAACAGAGGACAGAGACAGUGUCCCAACUCAAGAGAGUACUGUACACAUUGGACAUCACUAGAGAAGAUGGCAAAAUCAUGAAGGAAGCCAUCAAAAACAUCAAAGAAAAAUAUGAAAAUGCCAAGAUCAGGACCAGUAACUUGUUGAGGUCAUUGACUCUGAAGGCCACAGUUCUUGAGAAGCUCAAAGCCAGGAUUGGUAUGGCAACCUCCCUUAGUGCCUUCCUGCAGCUCAACGAGGUGUCCUCAGAUGAGGAGGAUGAAGAGGAGCUGCUGCAGAAAGAAGAAUAUGAUGAUUAUGAUAAAGAAUUUGACAGACUCCGGGAGACAAAAUUGAAAACCAGACAAGUGAAAGCAGUGGAGGAACUGGCUGCAGCUAAGAAGAAGGUAGAAGAGUGGAGAAAGAACCUUGAAUAUGCUAAGGAACAAGUAUUACACUGGAAGGGCAAGGUGGAUCGUUCCUGUAUUGAGAGACUGAGAGCAUUCCAGAACCCUCCAAUGUUGGUGGGUCACGUAAUGGAGAUGGUUAUGACACUGAUUGGAAAGCGAGGUUAUGGCGGUCCAGUGAAAAGUGAAAACAGAGACGCCAAGGAAGAAAAUAGGGCGACGUCUGCCAGUUCCAGUAGCACAAGGUUUACGGCAACCAAGAAAGGUCUUUAUAGGAGGAUAAGUAGCUAUGACGAUGAUGAUCUGAGGUUUUCAGUGAACUCCACCAAAGAUGUCCCAGAAAAGUUUGACCGUGGCAAGUGGAAGAAUAUGCAGUCAUCCAUGACAGAUUCCAUGAAGUUUGUAGACAUGUUGCACAAUGUACCAUGGGAAGAUGGUCUGCCAGAUGCCACUCUCAAAUCUGUUGAGAGCUACCUUGCCAGGGGUGUUGAUGGUGGUCUUGGGGUGACAGGAGAGGGUUCCAUGCUGGAAAAUGCUGCAGACAAAAGUUUUGUUGCAUCCCGGCGUUCCCCGUCUCCAGAUAACUCUAAAGGCAUCACGGUGGCUGCGGCCAAGUAUUCCAGUGAGGAUGCUGUGGUCCUGGUACAGUACACCAUUGCCAUAGUAGAGUACACCACACUGUGUGCCCCUCUGAAGGCAGCACUGGAGAGACAACAUGAACUGGAGAGGGAGAUUGAAGAGAAUGAGCGGCUUAAGAGAGAGAAGGAGGCAGAGGAGCAAGCAAAGGAGGAAAAGCUCAAGGAGUUAGCAGCCAGGCUGAAUAUGAACACAAAGGCUGAAGAGGCAGGAGCAGAGCAGGAGCAGGAGCCAGAAUUGGAGGAGGAUCUCACAGAAGAUGAUCUUCCAAGGAUUCAAGAGGAGGUCAACAAGCUACAGAUGCAGUUUGAUUCUGCGGUAGUUGAGAAACAUUCUCUGGAAAUAGAACUAGUGUCCAUGAACGAGAGACUGAGGGCAGCCACAGAGAUGUUGGAAAGUUUGAAGUCUCAGGAGCAGGAAUGGCGACAACAUGUCAGAGAAAAUGACAGCAAUGAGAUGUUGAUGGCUAAUUGUAUUGCUGCAGCAGCUUUCCUGACCUACUGUGGCCCUAUGACUACUGAUACCAGGAAAAGGAUGGGAGAGUUUUUCAUGUAUGUGUGUGAACACCAUGGUAUGCCUAUGCCCAGGAAGCAACUGUUCAGGAAUCUUGAACUCAUUGACUUCCUUUAUGAAACUACUGAAGUGAAGCAGCUAGAGAUGAAGAAGCUCCCCAUGACACGUCUGAUGUUGGAGAAUGCCUGCUUUAUCAUGCAGGAGGAGAGCAGCAUGGCCUGGCCACUGUUAUGUGACCCUACCAGCAGGGUCAUUGACUGGAUCAAGGGCUACCUCAAGGAGAAGAACCUCAUGGAGGUCAAAUACCAUGAACUUCGCUCCCAGCUAGAGAACUGCCUGGCAGACGGCACACCUCUCCUGGUGACAGAUGUUGAUGUCAAAGAACUAGUCUGUGAUGAAAGGUUUAGAAAUGUCCUGCUCAAAAGAGCAAGGUUCCUCAGAGAGAAGACUGCUUUCAAGUUAAUGGUGGGAGACCAUGAGGUGGAAUGUGAGCCCAAGUUCCGGCUGUACCUGCACACUACCAGUGAGCCCCACCACAUCCCCCAUGAGCUGGCUGCCUACGUGUCCUCCAUCUUCUUCCACAUGUGUAGAAAUGACAUGGAGGAGGAGCUGCUGGACAGGUUCAUGGCUCUGGAGAAGGCCAGGCUGGAGGAGGAGAAGACCACUCUUAUGCAUGAGAAAUUAGAAUACAUGCAGUUCUUCCACAAGAUAGAGAAGCAGAUGCGUGACCUGUUGUCCAGUGAUGUGCGGCUCAUGAAUGACUUAGCAGCCACAAAGAAAUUGGCUGACAUGAAAAAACAGUUUGAUGAAACUUUGGAAAGUCAUUCAAGAGUGGAAGCUAAUGAGCAUUCUAUCCUGCGUGCACGUGAAGGCUACAGAACAGUGGCAGCACGUGGUGCCGUGUGUUUUGAUGCCAUGCAGUACAUGCGGGAGAUCAACCCCAUGUAUCAGAACUCCUUCUGUCAGUUCUUAGAGGUUUAUGAUGCUGCCAUCAACCACUCUGAGAGUUGGGAGUUACAAGUUACAUAUUAAAAGUAUACAUUAAUUUUCACAACUAAUUCUGUAACUAGUGCAUGGGGGAGUUCUUCACUCAGAGAAUUAACAAUAAAAAUCUUACAUUUACGUAGAUUAAAAUUGGUUUUGAUGUUGUUGGGUGAAUGCAUGUAAAAGCAUGUUAUUUAUAUUGUGUAUAUUUAGA